AUGGCAAUAUACACAAACUCUGAUGGGUAUUCCUUUGUUCAAACUUUUAGCAAUAUUAGUAAAGCAAGCGCUACCAUUGUCGAGACAGUUGAUUUUGUUCCAAAAAGAAUGCCAGAGUACCAUUAUUAUCGAACCCUGUGGUGGGAAAAAGGCGACUUCAAUCCAAAAGCAAAAUGGGAAGAAGCAACGCAAUGCGAUCCUGUGUUUGGAACUGAUGGCAGUAUCAUACCUCUUGGCGCAAUUCGAACUCGCGCCGACGAUUCUGAGAAAGAAGGGGAUGCAUCUUUUCGCCCUGAAAAACCACGAGUGCGACCACCAAAUGGGAGUGAUGGAAAGGGAGAGCCCUGGCCAAAUAUCGUCAUCGAAGUGGCGUAUUCUGAGAGUGAAUCACACGUUCUUGAAAAAGCGAAAUAUUUCUGGUUACGCAAUUGGAGUCGUGCCCACGACGUGAUUGUGGUUAAGAUUGAUAAAUCUCCUGAAGAAGAUCAAGCUCCUUUACGAAUGCAGGCAUGGCACUUUUGUGCCAGGGACAGAAUUAGAAGAUCAAUGGAUAUCCAGCCUCGGGCCUAUUUUGAAUUCGGUAUCCAUGACAAAGAUGGGAACCCGACAAAUAUUCAACCAGGCCAAUGUGUCAUCAACAUUUCCCUUGAUUGUUUGUAUCACGAUGCAUUUCCUGAAGCUACGACUCACCGACAACUUCUCCCUGAUCCAAUUGUACUGGAUUUCUUGAUAAUUCGAAACCAAUUCCUUCGUGCGUAUCGAAUCAGAUAA